AUGCGCACGGGAAAACAAAGCAGAAAACGAAAGGAGGGACGAGAGAGAAAACAAAGGGAAGAACAAGAGAAAAAACGAAAGGAAGAACAAGAGGAAAAACGAGUUCAACAAGCAACUGCAGCUGCAAGCACAAGCAAACAAGAGAUGUCUGAUGUCCAGUUGUUUGAUUCUGUUCAAAUAGAGACUGAGAAGGAGGCUCAGGCCACUACAUCUGGAACUUCUGCCACCCAUGGUCCAAUUAAAUUGUUCUGUCUUUUUUAUGGUGAUGACAUUGAAAAUGCAUUUCCAGUUUCUGCUGACAAGAAUGAAACCAUUGGAGAUCUCAAGCAAACCAUCAAGGUGGAGCAGCCAGGAAUGUUUGCUAAUGUUAAUGCAAAAGAUCUUGUAAUGUGGAGAGUUAAUAUUCCUGAUACUGAGGAUAAUGAGAAAAAGAUUGAGCAACUUCGAAACAAUGAGAAAACCAUUGAAGAGUUAGGUGGCAUCAAGAUAAAAUAUAUGACAAAGCGAGUUGGAGAGAUGUUUGGUACUCCCACUUCAGGAUCCAUCCACAUUGUUGUCAAGUGUCACAAGGAUUCUUUCCAAGUCAGAGUCAAACGUAUGAGAGAAGAAGGACUACGCAUCAAAGGGAACUGGAGAAAAAGACCUGCAAUGGAAAUCUCUGUCACAAAGUCUUUUCAAGAUCAGAAAGAGGUUGCACGAUUUAGUUAUGGUGUACAGUCCUAUGAGACUAUUCUUCAAAGCAAUCUCUUUUUUGUUGCACAUAUGAAAUUGUUCAUGGAUCCACCAAGCCAAUGCCUUUUCCUUUGUCGACCAAAACGUCAUGGAAAAACACUCCUGUGCUCUCUGGCACAAUGUUUCUAUGACACAAGGAAUGCACUUUAUUUUGACAAAAUGUUCCCUGGCAUCAAUUCUGAUCUUUUCACCCCAUGCCCUUGUUCUUUCAUGGUGCUUUCACUGAAUUUUUCUGCACUUCAACCAAAUGACACUUCCUUGUGUGACUGUGGCUCUGAUGUCCAAAGAUGUCAUUACACUGUUUGUGGAAUUGGUGGGUUUACUGGAGGUACUGAACAGCCCGUUGAUGAGUAUGAUUCUUCAGUCAACCCUGCUUUGCUGUUUCCAGAAGCAGAGCCAUAUCGAAAAUAUCUUCAACAACAAGGUUCUGUGUACUUCCGCUUUUUCACAGUACUCAAACAAGCCCUUGCAGUUCCCAGAAAUCGUGCACUGAUUGUUGGGGUUGCUCCUCUAGCCAUUGCUGACUUCACUAGUGGAUUUAAUGUUGCCUUAGAUAUGACAUGGAAUUCACAAUACCAGGAUGUGUGUGGUAUCUUGGUUGAUGAUAUCCAGCCUGUUCUCCAGAGUAUUGGACACAAGUAUAACUGGGAUGUGAUGAAGACAAAAGAAGUCUCUGACAUGUUGAUUAAUUUCUAUGAUGGCUACCAUUUUGGUGGUGAUUUAAGUGUUUUCAAUGGUGGACAAAUAGUCAAUUGUUUGCAGCAUCUCCUCCAGAAAGGCACAUUCCCAGAAAGUCUGGUUGAUAUCAACACUAAUCUCUCAGAGAGUGUGCUGCAAUUUCUGUCAAAGGGUCAGAAUGAUAAAUUUUAUCUGCUUCUUCUACAACUCCUCACAAAGCCAGUCCCAUUUAAGCUGUCCACAGCCUUUGUCAUUAAUGAGGUAAGGAAGGAAUUGAAUGAUGGAAAGCCUAAUACACUCCUCUCUUUGAUGGUAUACUAUGGAGCACUGACAGUAGUUGGGGUUGAUGAGCAAAUAUAUGCCAAAAUCCCCAAUCGAGUGGCUCGUGAAGUGUUUGUUCAGCAAUUGUUGCAAAACCUGCAGAAACUUAAUUUAGGAGAACAAGCACAAGUUUCUGCUGCAGUGGGUUCAUUUCUCGAUGAGCUUGAUGUGGCUCCUCUUGUCAAGCUGCUUUUGGAUAGCUCACUGCUUCCCAAAGAGGAUUAUGGUGAUGUUGUUCAUUCUGUGGAGUCAACACUUAAAACCCGCUUUCAAGCUCUUAUCCUGGCUGGCCUUGCUGAGGAUGUGAGACAUCAACUGAUAAAUGAAUUCUGCUUUGACAAAUCUGAUGUCUUUCUUGGCCAAGCAGACACUGUCAUGAUUCCUCCCCAUGCUUCAAGUUUAGACCCUGUGCUAUUGAUUGAAUUCAAGAACUCCCACAUCAGUGAUUUGGAGGGUAUGCCACCAAAUUGGCAAAAGCAAGUUGAGAAGUCUCAAGAGUUUCUCGAUUACAGUGAAAGUGAGCUUAAAGAUCUGCGAUUGAAGUUCUCUGGGUACAACCAUUUCAGAACUAUUGAAGAACAGUGGAAUAAUGCACACAAAGAACUGCUAACAAAUGCAAAAAAGCUCAAAAAUAAUUUUUCUGGUAAAACAAUUAUUGGAUUUGUGAUAUACCAAAUUGGUCUUCACCGAAUAUUGUUUGAACGCUAUGAUAAUCUGUAG